CUGACUACCUGCUAGCAACAAUCCCUAGUCCAAUGAAUCCAAUCUACUCUGUUAUGUAGUAGAUUUCAGUAUAUACAUACGUUUGUUUGAUACAUGUACAUAAAAGAUACAAGAAAAGAGUAUUUGCAGUUGAAAAUUCUUGCCAAUAUCACACAUUGUGUAUCAAAAUGAACUUCCCAUAUGUGGUUGUACAAUUUCUGAGAGAAGGAACAUUCUCCGAAAUUCCGACUUCAUGGCUUACAAAAGAUUUUACUCAAUGUAGGUGGCCAACAACUAAGAAUGUUACCUUUUUUAUUAAAAACAACAGGUCACCAGAGACUGAUUGGUCACUUCUUAAUGUCAAAGUAGAAUGUCACUGUGAGACCUUAGAAAAAGCACAGAAAAUAGCAGAAGAUGCUAAUUACGCAAUUUCUCAUGACGAAACUAGAAAACGAAAAAGAAUCAUAUAUAUAAAAAAAUUCGACGAUAUGUAUGAUACUCGCAAUGAUAGUGAGGAUGACGAUGACGAUUUACUUCCGCAAUAUAAGACUCCACAGAAACAAUUAAAAAUAUACAAAAGUCAGGAUUCAUCUGAAAAAACAUCUUUGUGUGACAAACAAUUUUUACUCAAAAAGCAAUCCUAUGAAAAAGUCUCACACAUUGCUGCCAAAGAAAAUUCCUCUAUACCAAAUAAUUUAUUACGUGAUAAAUCACCAACACAAAUAAUUAAUUCACUACAAACCAAUAAGCUUAAUAAUUCUAAUGAAUUAUUGGAACUUCUACCUACACAAAUUAAUAGACAAAAUCUUGAUUUUAUUUCCACUACUACUCCAUUGUCUAUGGCUGGCGACAUUGGAAAGCUAAUUCCAAUUUGUAUUCAAACUUUAAAUUAUGUAAAAAGCAUUGAUCAAAAAUUGAAAGUUUUAGAAGAAAGUAUUAUUGAUAUAAAAGAGCCUAUGAAUGUAUUCGAUGACAUACUUCCGAUCAAUUCCAUAGAGAAUCUUCAAAAAUUUGAAGAAAAGUUAGAAAAUGCUAAAACAAGAAUGCAUUGGGUGCAAUUUAUUAAAAAAAUCGGAGGAAAGAACAGCAAAAAUUUGAUACAUCGGUGUAUGAGCCGUUUAUUUACAAAUGAAUUCGGCAAAGCCUGUUCUUGGCGUGGACGUAGGAAUAAUUAUCGUAUAUGCGAUUUGAAAUGCAUCUGUAUCCUAAAAAGUGUGUUAAGAGCCAAGGGUGUCGAGGAAAGUGAAUUUGAAAAUAUAGCAAGUGAAUGGUUGCGCUUUAGUAAAAUGCGAAAUGAUCGGGAAAUUAAAAAGGUAUUGCCUGGUGAUAAUGUACACGAACAGAUGGAUUCUUCAUUACAUGAGUCGGAACCCCAAUUUUUAUACGCAGAAGUAUUUUGUAAGGAUGAAGAGACUGAUGACACUUGUAUAGAUCAAGAAUUAACGCAGAAAUGAAUCCAGUAAACAUAAAAUCAUUAUUAAUAUGCUUAGAAAUUUAUAUAAAAUAACAUUCCAAAUGUUAUUUUAAUUGUUAUUAAUGUUUCUUACAAGGAAAUUAAUUUUGUCAUAAAAUUCUUUUUUUUUACAUUUUAUGGAAUCAAUAAUUUGACGACAAUAUUAUAUUCCAUAAUAUUAUCUCCGUUACAUCCUAGAUAUAAGAAUGUAAGUGAUAAUUGUAAGAAAAAAUAUAUAGUCCAGAAUAGCAUUCAGAAAUUUAAAUAUAAAUAAGAACAUUUAUAACAUUAUUAACUCUCAAUCUCUCAAUAUUUGAAGAUAUUAGGCAUUUUAUAUUAAUAGCCAAAUAAUCAUCAGAGUUAGAAAAUUAUAUUAUGUUAGUGUUAUUUGGUCUUGCAAUAUUUGCCUGGUUGUCGUAUGCGUAUCCCUGCGUGAUUUUGCGUUGCGAGGAUGAUAUAAAACAUUUGCUACGUACUUUUAUUAAAGCUUUUCACCAGUAAAUAUUUUUCUAAAUUUUUAAUUAACUAUAUCAUCGGUUAUUUUGUGCCAUAAAAAUUAUUUGUGAAAUGUAUUCUGUUUAUAUCUCUAUAUAGAAAUUAUAUAUUAAAUUCCAAAAGACUUCUAUGCAUUUUUUUCACAUCUUUGUAACUCUAAAAAUUUACGUAAAUUCUAAAAUUUAUUUUGUGUGUGUGAAACUUUGAAAUUAUUUGCAAGAAAUAUAUUUAGUUUAUUUUUUUGUAUAUUAAUAUUAUAAAUUUUCUAAAAAACAUUUUGAUAAAAAAAAAAUAGAUGUUUGUUGAUAUAAUAUUAAUAGUUAUUUUAUCGAUAGAAUGGACACCGAGUAUAUGAAUAUAGGAUGUAAAAGUGGCAGCUCUUACUAUUGUAAAAGGACAACUUUUAAGUAAAAUAUUUUUUUUACUUUUAAAA